GAAGUGCUCCGAACCUGGAGACGCCGCCGCCGUCGUCACAGAGCGCAAGCGGUUGCUGCGGGAUCGAAAGCAACUGCCAUGAUGGCCGUGGAGAGCCCGUCCUAUCCGAAGUCCUCUAUCGAGGAUGAUUUCAACUACGGGACUAACGUGGCCUCGGCCAGCGUGCACAUCCGCAUGGCUUUUCUGCGCAAAGUCUACAUCAUACUUUCAGUUCAAAUUUUCUUGACGACGGUGACCUCUGCAGCUUUUCUGUACUCCAACACAAUUCGGACAUUUGUACAUGAAAGCCCAGUUUUACUUCUGGUAUCUUUGCUUGGUUCUUUGGUUGUGAUUGUGGCACUGACCCUGUACAGACAUCAGCAUCCGGUUAACUUGUAUCUUCUUUUUGGAUUUACACUUUUAGAAGCAUUGACUGUUGCUAUUACAGUGACUUUCUAUGAAGUAUCAGUUGUCCUACAAGCCUUUAUUCUCACUACUGCUGUGUUUUUGGCUCUCACAACAUAUACUUUGCAGUCCAAAAGGGAUUUCAGCAAAACUGGAGCAGGGUUGUUUGCUUGUUUGUGGAUUCUUUUCCUUGCAAGCUUUUUAAACCUUUUUUUCCAUAGUGAAGUAAUAGAACUGGUAUUUGCUGCUGCAGGAGCCCUUCUGUUCUGUGGCUUUAUAAUCUAUGACACACACCUGCUCAUGCACAAACUUUCCCCUGAAGAAUACAUACUGGCUGCAAUUAACUUAUACUUGGACAUCAUCAAUCUGUUUCUCCACCUGCUUCGCUUGCUUGAAGCAUUUAAUAAAAAGUAACUAGGAGUUGUUGUUCAGUCUUCUCAAAUGAUUAGGAUGUGGCAUACAAAGAGUUAAUUAAAGACCUAGAAAAUCUGCAGUGUGCUUUGAGACUGAAGCUUCUUUUCUACAUUCCAUGGUGGUUUCAGUGUUUUCUGUACAAAGAGUGCUUUAGAGAGCUGAUGCUUAUGAAUCUAUUCUGAGAUCGGCUAAUUACAUAUUGCAGUCAUCUUGACUGUUUGGUAAAGGCUUCAUUCCUUUCAUUCGCAUAUUAUUAUUGAUGGGAAGACUUGCUCAUCAACAUUCAAUUGUGCCAAUAAGCACUAUUAAAUCCUAUUUAUUUAUCCAGUAAUUGCCACAGAUGUGUCCUUUGAGAUUCACACUUGUCACUGGCUGGAUAGCAUAAAAUUAAAUUUCUUUAAUUCAAUGCUGAAGUUUUAACUAACUUAAAAUCUGCUUGUUGGUGGUCAUUUGUAUAAAUCUUCUGGUACAAGCAAUUUGAUUUCGGAGAAAUAUCCUGCGGUAUCACUUUACUCCACCCCGAUACUCUUUAUUAAAUAAUAUUAGAAUAUUUAAAGUCCAAACAUUGCUAUAUUUUUUAAAAUAUACAACCUCCAUGUGUUUUCAUAGAGGGCCUGGGAUAGCUUUGGUCUGAAAAUGGAUACAAGUGAAAAUAUAAAUGAAUGUAUGGCAGUAUUUCCUUUCAUCUGGAAGGCCUGCACCAGAAGACUGCUUUGGGUCCUUUGUUGAAGGCUUGAGAAUUUUAAGAAGCUCAAAAUAUAGAUCUGCUGUAGAGCUUCUUGGUUUCUGUUGAACUGCUGGAGACGUUUGAAGUACACUUUGACCCCUCUACUUUUUCUUUGGUCGCUAGCACAGAGUACAGAUAUUUUAGUGCAGUUCAGUAUUUGUUGGUUGGCAUUUGUUUGGUCUUGUAGUGUGAAGAGCUGGCAGAGCAACAGAGGCAAUUACACUCCAUCUGCUCUUCUAUUAGGGUGAUGUUAAGAACUUAUGAAAAUAAAUUUUAUGAAAUGCUAGUCA